UUCGUUUUAUUUCGUUUUCUGCUGCUUGUUCAAAGUUUGGUUCGUCAGCCGCCGUUGAUGUUCGUUUUGAUUGAAAAAUACAUCUAUUUCUUGUUCGUUGCUGUUAUAAGUGAAAUAUUUUACUACAGAAAUCUGCAUUAAUUCGUUUAUAUAUGUUAUUGGAGUGUAAAAAGUUGUGUGCCGUGACUGGUAGUGAAGAAAUCGUAGAUUCUGCAAUCCUACGGAAAGUGCUUAUGCGUUAACGAUUUUUCUUCCCUCGUUUUGGUGUUUCCAUACCCUGAAAGGGAUUAAAAGAACACGCAAUGGACGAUCUUAUGUCCAAAUUCGAGGAGUUGAUUCUCCAUGCAAUUUCGGCGGAGUCGCGUUUAGAAGAGAAAUUUAAGAAAAGCACUCAAAAUUUAGAUGAUCAUGUCGCUCAGUGUAUUGCCACUGGAACACCGGUGCAAAACAAAAAACGACCCAAGCGACUGGACUCGGUUGACCAUGAUGGCCCUAACGAUCGGGAGCACGAAACGUCAACCACCUCGAAUAGUUCAACUAUUUCACAAACCAAUCAUCGGAAGAAUAGUACCCACGAUGUUUCGAGGCAACAAAAUCUGUCAAAGACACAGGAUGAGCUGGAAAGUAGCCAUACGAGACCAGCUCGUACCGCUCGAAUUAAAGCAGCGCAGCAUUUGAAGGAACCAGGACUGAACCAUAAAAUGCGGCAACCUAGUAUUACCGUCAAACAGGAACGCAUUUCAAUGGAGAUUCGGAAAGAUCAAGUCGAACAGAUGGAAUUGGACGCGGAAAAUGACGCGAAUGUCCUUAACGGAGUGGCUCCUUUAGAGAAGGAAAAAGAAGUAGAGAAGCGUAGAUCUAAUGAUGAAGGUUUUGGAAGCAAUAACGAGAAGGAUAAAGAAGCUGAGGAAGCUCCAUCGGAAAGAGAAAUGUCUAUUAUGGUUAUCCCGCAGCCAAUUCCAAAGGUAGAAGUUCUGUCUGAUGAGGAAGCUGCUGAAAAAAUGCCUCCUCCUACAAUGCCCCCACCAAAGACUAGAACUCGUGCGAAGAAAGGUGAUAAGACGAAGACCAAAAAUUCACACGUCUUUCCUCUUCCCAUUAAGAAAGAAAAAGAUGCGGAUGAUUUGUCAUCUUCAUCGGCUGUUUCUUCGGCCGAAUCAAGCUUAUCAAGCACCUCCGUUAAAAGUUCGGAACGAAUCCGCAAAAAGAAAGCUUCAGCUCAGCUGGUGGAUAUGAGCAAAGUUCAUAUUAAAACCGAAAAAUUAUCCAGUGAUUGUUCCAAGAAAACAAGCAAAUCUAAAACAGCAGUAGAAAAGCCAUCAACCAACACAAGUCCUGCUGCGUCAGAGAAAUCAGUCUACGAGGAUGCACUGGAUGGAGAUUCAAUCAUGCGACCGUUGGUUGUAGCUUUGGAUAAAGUCAAUGUGGGUUCGGAACCAGAGAAAAAUCAAACUUUUGCCAUGGAGAAAAAUGGAACGUUCUCAUUGCCAGCUUCAAAUGGAACUUUUGUAGUGCCAUCUCCUAUUGGUGGUGCAGCUAAUGGCACUUUUCAAGUUAAAUCUCCGGAAAAUGGGGCAAAUGCCACUUUCGAUAUUCGUCAGUUGCCUGUGGCUGGAAACAGUACAUUCGUGAUGGACACCAAGACAACAGAAAAACAGCAGCAGCCUCCAGUCAAUUCUAGCAUCAUGACCGAGGACAAUUCUCUACAGGAAGAAUACAGCCCGGAGCUGCACAUCAAACCCGAGCCCAAAUCAAAACCAUCAGUUCCGAAAAAGCCGUCUACUGUUGCCAAGCCCAAUCAGAAGAAAAACCAUGCACUCUUUAGUAUGCAAAGCCCAAUCAAGACGCGAAUUGAGGCGUUUGAAAAGGCGGCCAUCUGCUCUCCGAUGCACACUCGCACGGGCAAGGUGACAACACCUUCCCAGAGCAUUAGAUUGCCACCGAAAACUUCUACUACUCCAUUGGCUUCUCAACGUUUUCCAUCAUCUGCGAAAGCCAGUUCCAUCCAAACAACGCCGACUGCUCAAAACUCACUUUCCCAAAUGGGAAAAGGUAUAUCGUCGUCUGCCUCGAAACUGGCCCAUUUGCAGAAGAAACCAACCUUAGCGUCAGCCACGCUCACCAAAUCUCACAGUCUAUCACGGGAGCCAAGCAUCGACCGAAUUGGCACUCUAUCGGGGGCCACUUCCAGCUCAUCACUGGCCCUACUCGACGAGAAGAAAAAGAACCGUGAAGAAAAGCAACGUCUGGCACAGCAGCAGCGCGAGCAGCUUGAGAAGGAAAAGCGCGAACAUGCCGAACGGGUGAUGCGUGAAAAGGACGAAAAAUUGCGCAAACUCGUCCAGGAGAAGGAAGACAAGUUGCGCGCGAAACAGGUACAGAAAGCCAAAAAGAUGGAGGAAUUCGAGAAGCGACGGCACCUCGAGGAACUGAACCAACGGCAGCUUGCGGAGCAGAAGCGCGAAGAACUGGCCCGUCUUGAGCAGCUGCAGAGAGCCGCAAGAGAACAGGAAAUACUUAAACUAAAUCAAGCGAAGGAAAACUACGAAAUCAAACUGCACAAGCAAAUGUACCAGCAAAAGAUUCAGCAACAGCAAAAACUUCAACAGCAACACCAGCUUGAGCUGCUAAAGCAGAAAAGCAUUCCAGGAGCGUUGCUCGCGGACCCAGCAUCUAAACCAGGCUACUUUAACUUUGAUAUGAUCGCAACAGACGAUUCCACCGACGACGAAACUGUCGGCGCCAACAAGAAGACAAAGCGUCCGCCACUACCACCGUGGACUAGCAAGGAGAACCGACUUCAACCGAUGAGGAUACAGUCUCAGAUUCAGCUGAAAGUGAUCGAUCAAUUCUUUUCCGUGGCUCCAAUGACACCCGACCUGCGGGAAAUUUUCCCCACCAUCGACGCGCGCAAGUUGAAGCGGAACUCAAGUGCGGUCUGGCGAACUCCACCACGGUACUCGCAAAUGCCUAAAUACUGAAGGAUCAACUGAUGUUUUAAAUGCAAAUUGGAUCUAGAUAUACUAUAGUUGUAUUAACCGAAAUCUCUCGAAUCACGGCAAGUAGAUUUACACACAGUUUCCAUGAGGUGGGUAUUCGAUUGUGUUUGUGUAUCUGUGCGCACGCCUUCCGUGCUACUUUUUAUAAUCCAUAUAUAACGAAACAAUCUUGCGCGCAGAAUAAUCGUGCAUUAACUCUAAUAACAAUUUGUACACGUUUACUGAA